AUGGAGGAUUUCAUGAAACAUAGGCCAACCAAGUUCUCUGGCAAGGCCACUACUAAUGAGGCCGAUGCCUGGCUACGGGAGUGCGAGAAGAUUUUGGCAGACGCAAAGUACUGGUGGCAGGGGAUGCAACAGUUGAUGCAGACCCGUGAUGAGGAGGUGACCUGGGCUGCCUUCAGGACGAGGUUCCUGGAGAAAUAUUUCCCCGACAACGUGAGGCACGAGCGGGAGGUAGAGUUCUUGACGCUCCAGCAGGGAACCAUGACCGUGCAAGCUUACAUCGAGAGAUUUAAGUACCUUGCACGAUUCUACUCGCCAGGUGUCACAGAAGAGUGGAGGUGCAGAAAGUUUGAGGGUGGGCUAAAACAUGAGCUACGCCGAUUCAUCGUACCACUCCGGAUCCUGGAGUUUCCCAUCUUGGUGGAGCAGGCCAAGGCGGUCGAGCAGUUGGAGAUGGGGCCUAGUAGAGUGGCCCGACAGUAG